AUGAACGACUCGAGUUUCGUCCAGGCCCAGCAGCGCGUCGCUGCCCGACGACAGGCCCGCGAGGCCGAACAGCGAGCCAGGACCGCGGCUCAGCGCGAAGCCUCUCGCGUGAACACGCAGCUGCAGCGUCUGCCGUAUCCGCUCAACCGUCUUGCCAAUGCGUGGGACUCAGCAUCUUCUAUAGAGAACACGCGGCCUGCGUUCCGCGUGGCGCAGGUCGAUGCCGAGCUCCUAGACGAAGAGCUGCUGGAGCUCCUCAAGGGACAAGUCGGCGAUGCCCUCAAAUACUAUGCCGGCGGACAUCUCAAGGAUGACUGGUCUGCAGAGAUUAUGCUGGCGCUAAGAGCUAUUCUUUUCAAACUGACAGUCUGGGAUAACGAUGCGACGUACGGAGCGGCUCUGCAGAACCUCAAAUAUACCGACGCCAGAAAAGGGGGCCCAGUGCUGGCACCACCGACGAGACUACAAAAGUCGCUGUACGGCUUCGUCACAGUAUUUGGAAAAUACGCCUGGACAAGAUGGGAAGAUUGGCUCGUAGACCAGGACGAUGGAUAUAGCGAUCCUACCCCUGUGGUGCAGAGACUAUCCCGAUUGACGUCUGGGCUGACAACAGUCCACUCUGCGGCGGCAUGCGUCUCCUUUCUCAUAUUCCUGUUCCGCGGACAGUAUCGCACGAUUCUCGACCGCGUUUUGCGCAUGCGGCUUGCACCUCCCACAAGCCACGUCAGCCGCGAAGUCUCAUUUGAAUACCUCAACCGCCAGCUUGUCUGGCAUGCCUUUACCGAGUUCCUCCUCUUCGUUCUGCCCUUGAUUGGCAUCAACCGUUGGCGGCGAUGGCUAAGCCGUACCUGGCGGAAGACCAAGGAUAUCGUCAGCACAAAACAAACUGGUGAUGCUGCCAGUGGCGAGUACGGCUUUUUGCCGGAGAGGACCUGCGCCAUUUGCUACCAGGACCAGAACGCUGCGGCGUCAUCAGAAUCAGAAAUCAUGGCGGCAGCAGCUUCUAGCGGCGUCAUUGGAUCGGCACAGACUGAUGUUACCAAUCCAUACGAAGCCAUUCCCUGCGGGUGCAUCUACUGCUUCGUCUGCAUUGCCCAGCGCCUAGAUCGAGAAGAGGGCGAAGGCUGGACUUGUUUGAGGUGCGGAGAGCAUAUCAAAGAGUGCAAGCCGUGGAACGGAGACGUGCUCGAGCCAUCCCGCAAAUCAACCUCGACCAAAACGGUGGCAUUUUCGGAUGAUGUGGUGGGAGGCUUUUCAGACGCAGACGACGCAUCAGUCAUUUCUAAAGAAGAGGCUCUCGGCGGCUCUUCACCGAAGCGUUGA